ACCGCAUCCCUUUUCUCGCCUUUCCUCCCCGCCGCGCCCCCGCGCGAAGAUGGCAACCGACGGGCUGCACGAGAGCGAGACGCUGGCGUCGCUGAAGAGCGAGGCCGAGAUCCUGAAGGGCAAGCUGGAGGAGGAGCGGGCCAAGCUGCACGAUGUGGAGCUACACCAGGUGGCAGAGCGGGUGGAGGCCCUGGGGCAGUUUGUCAUGAAGACCAGAAGGACCCUCAAAGGCCAUGGGAACAAAGUCCUGUGCAUGGACUGGUGCAAAGAUAAGCGGAGGAUUGUGAGCUCAUCCCAGGAUGGGAAGGUGAUCGUGUGGGAUUCCUUUACUACUAACAAGGAGCACGCAGUCACCAUGCCCUGCACGUGGGUGAUGGCGUGCGCUUACGCCCCGUCAGGAUGCGCCAUUGCCUGUGGUGGUUUGGAUAAUAAGUGUUCUGUGUACCCACUGACUUUCGACAAAAAUGAAAACAUGGCUGCCAAAAAGAAGUCCGUUGCCAUGCAUACCAACUACCUGUCUGCCUGCAGCUUCACCAACUCAGACAUGCAGAUCCUGACAGCGAGUGGUGACGGGACGUGUGCUUUGUGGGAUGUGGAGAGUGGGCAGCUACUGCAGAGCUUCCAUGGACAUGCGGCUGAUGUCCUAUGCUUGGACCUGGCUCCUUCAGAAACUGGAAACACCUUUGUGUCUGGGGGAUGUGACAAGAAAGCCAUGGUGUGGGACAUGCGCUCUGGCCAGUGUGUGCAGGCCUUUGAAACACACGAGUCUGACAUCAACAGUGUCCGGUACUACCCAAGUGGCGAUGCCUUUGCCUCAGGAUCAGAUGAUGCCACGUGUCGGCUCUAUGACCUGCGGGCAGACAGGGAGGUCGCCAUCUAUUCCAAGGAGAGUAUCAUAUUUGGAGCCUCAAGCGUGGACUUCUCCCUCAGUGGUCGCCUGCUGUUUGCUGGUUACAACGACUACACUAUCAAUGUCUGGGAUGUUCUCAAGGGGUCUCGAGUCUCCAUCCUGUUUGGACAUGAGAACCGAGUUAGUACUCUGCGAGUUUCCCCAGAUGGGACUGCUUUCUGCUCAGGAUCAUGGGACCAUACCCUCAGGAGGCCUCCGCAGCAAACACACGCGGACACGAGAGCACAUGCGCGCUGCCGGACGGCUGGAUGUGCUGCUCCGGGAGCUGCCCGAGGGGUGCUGCGCUCUGCUCGCCUUCCCGGCGGCGCCUCUGGUUCUUCUUGCAGCCCGCAGUUCGAGGACGCACCACUCCAAGCCAGUGACGCGGACAGCACAGCAAUGUCGGCCGACGACCACAGCUUCAGCUGGAUCCGCGUGGUGGCGCCCGCGGCCUUCCCGCUGACGCUGCUAGAGAGGCUGCUACGAGGGCAGUGGAGGAGGACGACGAGGCUGACCGAGGUUGCCAGUGCCUGA